CUACAUCACAAAAAAGCAGUCCAAGUGGACAUUAAUAUUAAUAUUAAUAUUAACGUUGAUGUUAUUAAAUAGAUUAAAUGGUGUUCAAAAAGGCUGGAUAGAGCUGGAGACAGGCAGCGCAGAAGAGAUAUUCAUCGUUGGAGGGGAACCCUCUGCUGAAAAAUUGUUGCUUUUCUCGUUAUUCCUUUUGUAUCAUCAGUCGAGUCAGAUUGUGGGGUCUUUCAGAAUUGGAUCUUUACCAUCGAAUUUGUUGGCAUGGUUUUUCCGCGCCGAUGUUGAUAAAUUUUGUAAGUGAUGUAGUAAUCUGAGUUUUUAUGUUAAAGAAAAAAAUGGUGAGGCUUUGCAUGGUAGGGUGAAUCGUUAUUUUAUAUGGAAAUGUUGUCGAAGUUCUUCACCUGCACAAUGAAUUCAGUAACGAGCAAAUGCAUGGUUUUGCUUGUUACCGUUCUGAUUCUUAGAGCGCUGUUGUUUCCAUCUUUCCCUGGAUUUGACGGGAUUGAAUGGAGCAACCUUGUAUAUAUCCGCACUCCAUUGUUGAAUUUUGACUUUGGAAUACGACAAGAUAAGUUUUUGGUGGUUCCUCAGAUUGUGUGGGGAUUAAACAACCAGAAGAUUGCAUUUGCAAGGGCCUGUCUUACUGCUAGAAUGUUGAACAGAACAUUGUUGAUGCCAAGCCUCAGUGCCUCAUUGUUUUACAAAGAAGUUGACCUCUUGCAACCUAUUUCCUUUGACAAGAUAUUCCAGUUUGAGAAGUUUAAUACCCUCUGCCAUGGUUUUGUCCGGUUGGGGCGCUAUUCAGAUGUCUUGAAUAGAACACAAGUUCUGGAAAUGGAAAAGGGAAGUGGCAGGAGGUGGACAGUGGAGAGAGAUUUGUCACAAUUGAAGGAGCAUGGCAAGGGCUCUUUUGAUGACCACGAGGUAAUUAGGAUUGUAGGGAAGAACCCUUUCUUGUGGCAUGAUCAUUGGCCUGUGAAGGACUAUGCAAGGAUUUUUGAGUGCUUGUAUUUGACAGAAGAGAUUGCUAAGGAAGUAGACAGGGUUGUGUCUAGGAUUAGAGCUGUUGGAAGAAAGAUAACAGACAACAAUGAAGCAGUGGAAAUGCAGAGCAUUAUCACCGAUGAUGGUCCUUCUUUUGAGCCCCUUCCAUAUGUUGCUGUCCACAUGAGGAUAGAAAUUGAUUGGAUGAUUCACUGUAAAAAUUUAGAGCGGCGAUUGAACACGAAUCAAAUCUGCAGUGGCAAGAAAGAGAUAGUGGAAAGAGUCAGGAACAUUGCUGGUUUGAAGACUCCAGUUGUUGUUUAUCUUGCUGUUGCUGAUAAACUCCUAAACAAUUCUUCCAUACUUGAUAAUUGGGAAGAAGGGUUUGUUCCUUUUGAGAAGAAGAAACUUGGUGUUGAUGGAAUUUACAAGAAGUAUCCGUAUUUAAUUCAGUCUGCAAUCGACUAUGAAGUGUGUUUAAGAGCUGAUACCUUUGUGGGGAACAGUUUCUCCACAUUUUCAAGUCUUAUAGUUCUUGAAAGAACACAGAAGAUGAUCAGAAUGAAUGGCACCAACUUGUGUGGAGAAAAUGUAAGAUGGCCUUCUUAUGCUUACAACAUACCAGGAACCUCAAAUGGUCCAAAGAGAUGGGUUACAAACAUGUCAGAAUCAAAUCUUCAAUCUAUCAGCUAUGGCACCAAUCACAUCUCUUGUUAACAGUGCCUUGUUUAAUUAAUCAUUCCUGCUGCACACUUUCAGAGUAUAAAAAGAGCCCCUUUUUCUUGGCUCAACAUUUUCACUUCUGGCCAUGAAUGACACACCUAAAAGGAAGGAUUUUGAUGUAGAGAAUACACACUUAAGGUACAGUUUCUCGUUGUGUAAAUUGAAUCCAUUAUUUUGAAA